GCACUCUCCUUGUCGUGUACACACCACAGAACUGGAAGUCUGGAAGUCUCUCAAAAUGCCUCCCUCCCCACAAACGACGAAACUAACCAGCACCCUUCACCUCCUCAUCCCCCGCCUCCGCCUCCUCCAAAAAAAAGACACAGCAAGCAGCGUCAUCCAGCGCCGCGAUCUUUCGAGUCUGCUCGCCGAAGGCCGCGACUCGAGCGCCCGCAUCCGCGUCGAGAAUGUGAUCGCCACCGACAUCGCCGUCGAGGCCAUGGAGAUGAUCGAGCUGUACUGCGAGUUGCUCCUGGCCCGGGCGAACGUGCUCGAUCAGGCGGCGUUCGGGGAGAAGGGCGCUGUAGCGAGGAAUCGCGCUAGACUUGCUGCUUCCGCUGCGGGGGGCAAGCAUAGUGCUGCUGGUGGUGCUGCUGGUGCCGGGGAUACUGCUAGCGGGAGUGGGAGUGGAGGAGGCGGGGGGCGGUUCUCGUUCUUCGGCCUCGGUGGUGCAAAACACCCACCCAACCCCAACCCCUCCAGCACAAGCACCACCGAUCCAGCUACCGAGCCAAGCACCACCACCGAAGACCCCACAAGUGAAGAGUACAUCGACCCCGCCCUCGACGAAGCCGCCGCGGUGAUCUUCUACGCGUACCCGCGGUUCCCGCACGACGUGCGCGAGCUCACCAUCCUCCGCAAUCUGCUGGCGGAACGGUGGGGCAAGGAGUUCAUGGCGCUGGCGCAGGAGGACGCCGUGCCGGGGGUGCGCGUGCCGGCCCGCGUGGUGAAGGUGCUGCGGGUGCGCGCGCCGUCGGCCGAGCUGGUGGAUUGUUAUCUUAGGGAGAUUGCGCGGGCGUAUGGGGUUUCUUGGGGUGCCCAUCUUGUUGAGGGGGAUGCGCCUACGAUCUCCGGGUUGGAUGGUUCUGGGGAUGAUCUGCCGGGGCAUGAUGGUGAUGAUGAACAUGCCCCCGGGGAUGAUCCGUCGACGCCGACACGCCGACAACGCUCGCCGAUCGAGAGCGAAGCGCGGCGGGCUUCGGAGACACUCGCGCUGAAUAAGGCGACGCCGCCGCGGGGGUUGCAGCAGGGGAAGAGUUUCGUGAGUGUGGCGCCGCCGGGUGCCAGGGUGGAUAAUUUGCAUCCUCGCGUGAAGGUGCCCGGGGCUGCGGAUUAUCCACCCUCGACGACGACGGUGGGGGAGGCUGCUGGAGUGCCGGGGGCGAAAGCGAAGAGUGAGAUACCGGAGUUGGAUGAGUUGACGAGGCGGUUUGCUGCGUUGAGGCGGUAGUUUUGCUAUUGUCUCUGGGACCGGUGGUGGUGGUGGUGGUGAUGGUUACGUUCGUGUGCAUACUUCUUACGCUUGAUUAUUAUACCUCUUCGUGUUUGACUGAAUCUAUUGUAUUC